UCCUAGCGAGGGAGGGGGAGACGGAAAUGGAGGGGCUCCGCGCACGCCUUCGCCCCUGACACCGAGCCCGCUGGAGAGCGCGUUGGGCGGAGCCGGGGGCGGCGGUCGCCGGGGAGAUCGAGGCCCUGGGUCCGACCCCGAGCUGGAGCGGGGUCGCGGAGGCCCGCUAACCCGCCGGUGUUUGUGUGUAUGUGCCCUCGCAGGGAGACAUGGAGAACUGUUUGGCGGCCGCGGCGCUGAACGGGGUGGACCGACGUUCCCUGCAACGCUCGGCUAGGCUGGGUCAAGAAGUGCUGGAGCGGGCCAAAAGGAGGGCGGUGGACUGGCAUUCGGUGGAGCUUCCCAAAGGCAGCGUGAGGGUCAUUUCCCGGGAGCGGCCCUACAGAGAGAGAGGGCCGGCAGCCGGCCCCCAUCGCCUUCUCCCAGGAGAGAGAGAAGAAAGACACCCAACCCUCAGUGCUUCCUUCAGAACAAUGGCUGAAUUCAUGGACUAUACUUCAAGUCAGUGUGGGAAAUAUUAUUCAUCUGUGCCAGAGGAAGGAGGGGCAACCCAUGUCUAUCGUUAUCACAGAGGGAAGUCGAAGCUGCACUUAUGCUCAGACACUGGGAAUGGUCAGAGAAAAGACACCCCCCUUGGUGUCGGAGGCAUCCAUCAGGCAUCAGAGUGUGCACUAGAGGCAUCCCAGCCUGCUGAGGACAUCUCUAAGGACCUCUACAUAGAAGUAUAUCCAGGGACCUAUUCCGUCACUGUGGGUGUAAAUGACUUGACCAAGAAGACUCACGUGGUAGCAGUUGAUUCAGGACAAAGUGUGGACUUGGUCUUCCUCAUAUGAUGUUGACCAUCACAGACAUCACCUUUUUUUUGUUUGUUUUUUAAGUAUCAAGAAGAAUAAAGCUACCAUAUGUCCUCUUAAAAUUUACACAUUAAUCCUGCUUUUAAUGCUGACUGUAGAGGGUCAGCCUUCCUAGGAACUGGAGUUUGUCUCUUUCAGUGCCUAUUUUAACUUGAAAGUCCCCUCACCCUCUUCUGCCUGAAGUAAUAAUGUAAUGAUGCUGUCUGAAUAGUUUUUACUGCUUGCUUUCCAAGUAAAGGUUAAUUAUGAUAAUAAAGUAAGAAAUUUGGAAA